AUGGCCUUCAUACCUUCAGAUGCGUACUUGGCUGUCUCCCCCGGUAACACCAGCCUCACGACAGAGUCCUCUAGUGUGGAUAGUAAGGCAUCAGAAAGUGGAACUGACUCUUUCAAUCAUAAUAACUCCACUGAAAAAUGCAUUCACAAUACCAUUAAGAAUCGAAAGAAUCCAAUCUUUUCCCAAAUCAGAAACCCUGAUUUCAAACUACCACACAAACUAAAACCAAAUAAAGAGCUGGUGAAUUUGGUGACGGCCUUCAUACCUUCAGAUACUACGUACUUGGCUAGCUCCCCUGGCAACACCAGGCUCACGGCGGUCUGA